AUGCAGAUGUUUGUGAAUGGUCUCAAAAUAAAUACCAAACAAUUGAUUGAUACCGCAGCUGGUGGCUCUACUAAUUUCUCAACAGCCACCAGUAUCAAAAAGGCCAUUGAAGUUAUUACUGUUAAUGAGCACUUGGAGUUGUACGACAUAUGUGUAAGUAAACUAGAAGGGGUUAUCGAUUUAAAGCUAGAAACCAAUAAAAUCCGUAUCGAAGAUAUUAUAGCUGCUAAAGUUGAGAAGAAGCUGAAGGCUAUAAAUAUAGGAGCAAGUGUGAGUCUCAUGCCGUUAUCCAUUUACAAGAAGCGGGGUAUAGGGGUUGUGCAAGAUACCAGGAUGACACUCCAAUUCGCCGAUCAUUCGGUUAAGAAACCUUAUGUUAUUGUUGAAGAUAUUAUAGUGAAAAUUGACAAGUUUGUAUUCCCGGUGGAUUUCGUGAUUCUAGAAAUGCCUGAAGAUGAAGAGAUUCCUUUCAUUCCUGGGAGACCCUUUUUAGAGACGGGAAGAUGCUUGAUCAACAUAGAAGAAGUAAUUAUGACUUUGAAGGUUUAUGAUGAGGAAUUAAAGAUUGAUGUUUGA